AUGACGGCGCGCUGGUACAUUGUUCACGCCUACUCCAACUUCGAAAAGAAGGUGGCCGAAGCGAUCGAGGAGAACGCCAAGGCCAAGGGCCUUUGGGACAAGUUCGAGCAGAUCCUGGUGCCCGUCGAAAAGGUCAUCGAGAUCCGCAAGGGCCGCAAGGUCGAUGCCGAACGCAAGUUCUUCCCCGGCUAUGUGAUGGUGCGCGCGCAGCUCACCGACGAUGUCUACCACCUGAUCAAGAACACGCCGAAAGUAACCGGCUUUCUGGGCUCGGAUCAGAAGCCCGUGCCGAUCUCCGACAAGGAAGCCGAGCAGAUCCUGGGCCAGAUCCAGGAGGGUGUCGAUCACCCCAAGCCGUCCGUGUCGUUCGAGGUCGGCGAGAGCGUGCGCGUGACCGAAGGCUCUUUCGCCUCGUUCAACGGCAUCGUUCAGGAAGUCGACGAGGAACGCUCGCGCCUGAAGGUGGAGGUUUCGAUUUUCGGCCGGGCCACCCCGGUCGAUCUGGAAUUCGGAAUGGUCGAAAAGGGCUGA